ACAUCUCCCAGGAAGCACUGCGCAGGCGAGCCUCGCGGACGUUGCCGCCGCCGCCGCCGCCUUCAUAACGGCGGCUUUCCGGAGCAAGGAUAUGGCAGACAGCAAUGUGGCCAUGGCCUCCAACUCCAGGCAGAUGUUGGAGAGCUUACUGAACAAAAGUAUGAGGAUCCAAAUGACCGAUGGCAGGACAUUGAUUGGUCUUUUCCUGUGCACCGACCGGGACUGCAACGUCAUUUUGGGCUCAGCCCAGGAGUACCUGAAAUCAACAGAUUCCUUGGCACACGGUGAGCCACGGGUGCUGGGUCUGGCCAUGAUCCCUGGGCAUCACAUUGUUUCCAUCGAGGUUGAAAUGGACAGUGUGUCAAGCCCACCGUAUAUGUGAGACAGAGCUUGGCUGUUGGAAGCCAGGCAUGCAUUGGGUGCCUAGGCCUGGGAACAUGGUCAAUGUCUGUUGCACUGUGAGGACCAUGACCUUCCCCACCCCCUGCCCAGGCUUCCACCCAGCCAGCACCUUGUUCAUCGUUAUUGCAUUGGUGGCAGGGGCUUGUUCCUUUCGAAGAUUACUCGUGAAGUUCCACUGAGAUGAUGGAACAAGCUGGACAGCGUUGCCUGAGUCAGACUGUUGGCUGGUCCAUGUUUCUUCUGACCUCUUCCUCUUCCAACAUGAUGCAUGAGGCCUCCCAUGACCUUCCAGUCAAUACAUCGCCUCCCCUACAUGCACCCCAAGAAAACCAACUUGGGAUCUAUAAACCUAAUGACUUAGCAGCAGCAACGGCCAACUGAAGGGCACGUGAACUGAACCUCGGGGAUAUUGCUUUUCCAGUGAUUAUUUUGAAGCAGAGGGCUGAUUGAUUAGUGAACUUGAAAACUGUUUCCCAGCUUGUUCUUUAUGAUCCAUUCACAGUAGCUUGUGUGAGUAUGUAUAUGUGUAUACAGAACAACCUCAGUUAUAUGAAUUUCAGAUGAUCUGCACAGGAUCUCAAGGUCCUGUAAAUUGUUAUGAACUCUAUAUAAAAACACACCGUAUGAGAGACACUUACCCUGAAUCACAAAUAGGAGGACAUCCACCAGGACAAAAACAAUUCUUUUUUUCAAACAUCCUGACACAGACAAACUACAAUGUAUUAACAACAACAAACAACACACACAAAUCUGAGUUGCAACUUGAAUUUCUGGAUCUUCCAGAAUCUUAAGAACUGGUUGCCUGAUCCCUCUGUCUGCCCCUCUGCCUGUCUGUCUGUCCCUCUGCAUUUCCCUUUUUUUUUUCCCUGCCCCUUUACGUUUCCCUCUCCCUUUCAGCAGGAGAGUGGGGCUGGAGCUGAAAUUCGCUCGUUACAGCUAAACAGGAGCUGCUUUAUCCUCGCUAGCAGAAGCCACUCGGUUUGUCCUCUACCUCCACACAUACACACGUGUUAAUGAACCUUUAGUUCACUCUUGUCCCAGUCCAAAAUGUUGCGUGAGUGAAAGUCAUCUGAAGUCGGUCACUGUUCAGGAGUUGGCACGAUCACAAGAUGCUCCUGAGUGGACAGAAAGUUCUGUUGGAAUGUUCAGUAUGGCUUCCUUUUGUUUAUGAUCAGAUCAGUUCUCGGAACAGGGUACUCCCCACCUGUCUCGUUGCUCUGUAACCUGUCUCGUUGCUCUGUAACCUGUCUCGUUGCUCUGUAACCUGUCUCGUUGCCCUGUAACCUGUCCCGCCGGGGAACAGACUGGUUUGUUCAUUACCUCUCAGCACAUAAUGGGGAGCUGCCCAGCCACUGAGGCAUCACAGGCACGUUUGCCUUGCUCUCAUGUACAACGAGAUGUCUUCCCUGGAUGAUGGCUGUGCACUGUCUAUCACUCACUCCCCUUUCCCCUAUGAUAGCCUGUCACUAUCACUCACUCCCCUUUCCCCUAUGAUAGCCUGUCACUAUCACUCACUCCCCUUUCCCCUAUGAUAGCCUGUCGCUAUCACUCACUCCCCUUUCCCCUAUGAUAGCCUGUCGCUAUCACUCACUCCCCUUUCCCCUAUGAUAGCCUGUCGCUAUCACUCACUCCCCUUUCCCCUAUGAUAGCCUGUCGCUAUCACUCACUCCCCUUUCCCCUAUGAUAGCCUGUCGCUAUCACUCACUCCCCUUUCCCCUAUGAUAGCCUGUCACUAUCACAUGCCUUGAAUAGCUCACCCAUGCUCUGCAGGCUGACUAAUACUGAGCUUCUCUCCUCUUUGAACCCCCCACCCACCCCACCUGGCAAUAUCAAGACUUAUGGAUAUUUAUAUCUUUACUUCAGAUUUCCAGCCUGCAGUGUUUUGUUCCAGGGAGUAAAUGUGAACAGUGGUGUCAGCAAGGCAUGAUGCUUUGGAGACAGAAAGCGUUAAUAUACAUCACCUGAGAGAGAGACAAACAGAAAAUAUGUAUUUUUGUGGCAGUCAUUUUUAUUCAAAUAAGUGCAUUAUAGGAAAAAUAUUUAAAUGGUUGAUUUUUUUUUUUGUCCAUUUUAAAUGUUUAGUAAAACACGUGGCAAAACUCAAAUAAACUUGAGCCUCUGAGUUA